UAAACACGUGACUUCUUCUUUAGGUGAUUUGACAGAUUUGCGAACUUAAUAGUGGUAUCUCUGUAUAUAACACUAUAGCUUCUUAAGACUGACAUCUCAUGGUCAGUAAAGUGACUGCUGGUUAUUGGAUCUUGGGAUUCAAAACUUGUAAUUAAAUAAUGGUCUUUGAUUAUACGUCACAAGGAUUACAUAUCUUGAUAGUUUCCUGUUGGAUUCACGAACUGCAAUGGCAGUGACGACAGAUGCAUUUCUUGAACGGAUUGGGAGUUUUGGCCGCUAUCAGAUUGCGCUCAACUUGUUUUUUAAUCUGUGUUACUUAUUUUGGUGGGCUGUUCCCGUGAUGAUCAUGGUGUUUAUAGCUUCAGAACCUAGCUGGAAAUGCGUAAACAACUCCACUUGCCCAUUCACAGACAGCAUUAGUAUCAGAGAUAAGAGAUACAAAUACAGAUGUAACAUUUCUAGGGAAGACUGGGAAUUCCAAGACGACUUCACAUCAGUUGUUACUGAGUUCAACCUUGUCUGUGACCGCGGCUCCUUGGGAUUCGUAUCAACCUCUGUGAUCUUCGCAGGUUUCUUUGUUGGCAGCAUUGUAGUUGGUACUUUGUCAGACAAGUUUGGCAGGAAGCGCCCUCUCUUUAUCUGUGGCUUUUUCUGCUGGCUGUUCAAUUUUGUUUCCGCAUUUGCUCCGACGUUUUGGUUUUUUGCACUUUGCCGCAGCAUUGUUGGGUUCAUGUUGGGUGGUUAUAGCAUCCCAGUGUUUGUGUUAGCGACGGAAUUUUCUGGGAUUCGUCACAGGAGUACCGCAGGAGCACUCGUUUGGGCUGGUAUUGCUGUGGGAAAUCAAGCCUUAGCAGGAUGUGCUUAUGCCAUUAGAGAUUGGAGGCUUCUGACUAUCAUCACAGGAACUCCUGGCAGUUUACUUGUAGUUGGUUGGCUUUUUACUCCGGAGUCCAUCCGUUGGCUCCUCAAAAAAGGUCGAGUGACGGAGGCGAGGGACAUACUGAGUAAAGUCGCUAGGGUGAAUGGUAAAAGCAUGCCAGGAGAGGCAUUACAUUUGCCCAAUGACGAGAAGAUUGAAAGACUCGGUGACUUUCGUGAUUUGUUUAUGUCAGUUGGGAUGGUUCACAGGACUCUUGCUUCAUGGCUCAUGUGGUUUGCAGUAUCUUUUAUUUACUGGGCGACAGCUUUUAGUGCACCGUUUAUUGGGGGCAAUAUCUACAUCAAUGUAGUCAUUGCUGCUGUUGCUGGUUUAUUGGCCGCCCCUCUAUCUGCUGCUCUGGCAGUCAAAUUUCGUCGAAAGCAGAUCAUUGUGGUAUCUUUUAUUCUAUCGGCUGUGGGAGCGAUUGGCGCACUUCUUUUAUCAGAUAAAGAUGACAACAAAGGUUAUCUGAUUGGUAAAAUUUUCAUGUCCAUGGCUGUCGCCAGGCUUGCUGUUGCCAUCGCGUUCACACUGAUUUACAUUUUCACUGCAGAGAUGUUUCCUACAACUUUGAGGAACGUUGCCAUGGGUACAUCAACAGCUGCUGCACGUGUAAGCGCUUUAUUGUCAGCCCUCGCUCCGCUCUUGCUAACCGUUCACCGAUUUCUUCCAUUUGGAAUAAUGGCUGGUUUGGCCGUGGCAGCUGCUGUUGUUUGCCUCACUCUACCAGAGACUCACAACCAACCAACUAAAGAAAAUCUGUUUCAGGAAGAAGCAUGCCAACCGAAGAAUGAAAAACUUGGUGACGAGGAGCUCGCUGCCAAAGUUUGAUGGAAGACCCAAGAAAAUGAACCAGAACUAUUUGGACCCCAACUAUCUGCCUCUUAAGAGAUUAUUCUGUUCUUUUAGUUAAGUCGGCCUCAUAAUAUGAACUCACUAACACUGGCUAUUGAAGCUUUAUUUUUUUAGAGGGGAGCAUAUCUUGAGGUUUUGAACCAAGCAAACAGAGCUCUGUGUUUACAAAUAA